CCCAAUAUAACCAACUACGGAGUGGGGGCGCGUAACUGCGAGAAGGCAGCAGCCAAAGUGCCAUUAAAGCUCGGGCGGAAAGGAUGAGUUACCUGGGUCCCCUCUUCAGGGAGAAGCAGGGCAAGCCGGAGGAUUCCCUCUGAAUGAUUAAAAACUCCGCAAUUCUCUUCUGCCACAGGCUGAGUAGGACUGAAGGAACUGCUCUAUUUGAACUGUGCUGACAGGCAGGAGGAUGGGAGACAGGAAUUGAGAGUCACAGAGGAAGGACAGGGGAGUCUGGCAUCUCAUUGGUGACUGUCAAGAGUUGUUAUUUACUGCCAUUCAAGAUCUACCAGCAUCAUUUUGCAUGACUACUGCAAAAGGAUAUCUUUACAGAAAUCAGUUCUUUCUCGAAGUUUAUAACCUGGACCCUGUUUUCAGAAAGCAGGGCAUUCUUUAAUGAAGAAACAUCAGAGCUGCUAAACAUAUUGAGACACAACAUAUCCUAGUAACAAAGGAUGACUUCCUCUUGGAAAAUAAUUCUCUUUCUGUCAGUAGCUGGGUGUCUUUCAGAAUAUUCUGGAGCUCUUCCUAAUUUCCCUGCUUCAUAUGCUGCGUUGCUAAGAAUUAAAAAGAGUUCAUCUUCAUCCCUCUUUGGUUCAAAGACCAGACCACGAUACAGCAAUCCUUUAUUAGGAACACUGGGUGUUUCUUCACCAAGCUGGCGAGGAGCCGCUCAACAUUAUUAUUCCCCCAUCAAUCUUUAUCAUUCCUCAGAUGCCUUCAAACAAGAUGAAAGUGUGGACUAUGGGCCAGUGUUUGUACAAGAACCAGAUGAUAUAAUUUUCCCAACUGAUUCUGAUGAAAAGAAGGUAGCAUUGAAUUGUGAAGCUCGUGGCAGCCCAGUUCCCAAUUACAGAUGGCUUCGAAAUGGAACAGAAAUAGAAUUGGAAAGUGAUUACCGCUACAGUUUGGUAGAUGGGACCUUCAUUAUAAGCAAUCCAAGUGAAGCAAAGGAUUUUGGUCAUUAUCAGUGUUUAGCAGCCAACACUUUCGGAAGCAUUCUUAGUAGAGAAGCCAUACUUCAAUUUGCCUAUCUGGGAAAUUUUAGUGGCCGGACAAGAAGUGCAGUCUCUGUGAGGGAAGGCCAGGGGGUUGUUCUGAUGUGUUCUCCUCCGCCUCAUUCACCAGAGAUCAUCUAUAGCUGGGUAUUUAAUGAGUUCCCUUCCUUUGUGGCGGAGGACAGCCGGCGGUUCAUUUCCCGGGAGACAGGCAAUCUUUAUAUUUCUAAAGUCCAAUCAUCAGAUGUUGGCAGCUAUAUUUGUCUGGUGAAAAACACAGUGACAAAUGCUAGAGUACUUAGUCCUCCAACACCCCUCACUCUACGUAAUGAUGGUGUGAUGGGAGAAUAUGAGCCGAAAAUUGAGGUCCAUUUUCCUUUCAUGGUUACAGCUGCUAAGGGAACAACUGUUAAGAUGGAAUGCUUUGCACUUGGCAACCCAGUUCCAACAAUCACAUGGAUGAAAGUUAAUGGUUAUAUUCCUAGUAAGGCACGUCUGCGGAAAUCUCAGGCAGUGCUGGAAAUACCCAACGUGCAGCUGGAUGAUGCAGGCCUAUAUGAGUGCAGAGCAGAAAACUCACGUGGAAAAAAUUCCUUCCGUGGACAAUUACAAGUAUACACUUAUCCACACUGGGUGGAAAAACUGAAUGAUACUCAGUUGGACAGUGGGAGCCCUCUCCGAUGGGAAUGUAAGUCUACUGGAAAACCCCGACCCACAUACCGUUGGCUGAAGAAUGGCGUGCCCCUUUUGCCUCAGAAUAGGAUUGAGGUGGUUAAUGGAUUAUUGAUGAUCCACAGUGUGAAUCAGUCGGAUGCUGGAAUGUAUCAGUGUUUAGCUGAAAAUAAAUACGGAGCCAUUUAUGCGAGUGCUGAACUGAAGAUUCUAGCUUCAGCUCCCACUUUUGUGCUGAAUCAACUGAAGAAAACAAUAAUUGUUACCAAAGGCCAAGAAGUCAUCAUACAGUGCAAACCCCAAGGCUCUCCAAAACCAACCAUCUCUUGGAAGAAGGGAGACAAGGCAGUAAGAGAGAAUAAAAGAAUAGCUGUUCUUCCAGACGGAAGUCUACGGAUCCUGAAUGCUUCUAAGUCUGAUGAGGGAAAGUACACUUGCCAAGGGGAGAAUGUCUUUGGUUCUGCUGAAAUCAUAGCCUCAGUAUCUGUAAAAGAACCUACAAGAAUAGAACUUACUCCUAAAAGAACAGAGUUAACAGUGGGAGAAAGCAUUGUCCUUAAUUGCAGAGCAAUUCACGAUGCUAGUUUGGAUGUCACUUUCUAUUGGACACUAAAAGGACAGCCUAUUGAUUUCGAGAAAGAAGGUGGACAUUUUGAAAGCAUCAGGGCCCAAGCAUCCUCUGCAGAUUUAAUGAUCAGGAACAUCCUUCUGAUGCAUGCUGGGAGAUAUGGCUGCAGGGUACAGACCACAGCAGACAGUGUGUCAGAUGAGGCAGAACUUCUUGUUAGGGGUCCCCCAGGCCCACCGGGGAUAGUGAUUGUUGAGGAAAUCACAGAAAGCACAGCCACACUCUCCUGGAGUCCUGCAACUGACAACCACAGCCCAAUCUCCUCCUACAACCUGCAGGCUCGAAGCCCAUUUUCCCUGGGCUGGCAAACAGUAAAAACAAUCCCAGAAAUCAUAACAGGGGACAUGGAGUCAGCCAUGGCAGUGGACCUUAACCCUUGGGUGGAAUAUGAAUUUAGAGUGGUGGCUACCAAUCCAAUUGGGACUGGAGAUCCAAGCACUCCAUCUCGAAUGAUCCGCACAAAUGAAGCAGUUCCAAAGACAGCACCCACCAAUGUAAGUGGAAGAAGUGGAAGAAGGCAUGAGUUAGUCAUAGCCUGGGAGCCAGUAUCUGAAGAGUUUCAGAAUGGGGAAGGCUUUGGCUAUAUUGUGGCUUUCAGGCCCAAUGGAACACGUGGCUGGAAGGAAAAAAUGGUGACAUCUUCUGAAGCUUCAAAAUUCAUUUAUCGAGAUGAAAGUGUUCCUCCUCUUACUCCCUUUGAAGUGAAGGUUGGCGUUUAUAACAAUAAAGGAGAUGGACCUUUCAGUCAGAUUGUGGUUAUCUGCUCAGCUGAAGGAGAACCCAGUGCUGCUCCCACAGAUGUCAAGGCUACAAGCAUGUCUGUGUCAGAAAUUCUUGUUGCAUGGAAACAUAUUAAAGAGAGUCUAGGAAGACCACAGGGAUUUGAGGUUGGUUAUCGGAAAGACAUGGAACAAGAAGAUGCAGCAGAAACAGUCAAAACUAGAGGGAAUGAGUCCUCUGUCAUUCUGACAGGAUUAGAAGGAAAUACUUUAUAUCACUUCACAGUGAGGGCUUAUAAUGGAGCUGGAUAUGGGCCACCUAGCAGUGAAGUGAGUGCAACCACCAAGAAAUUCCCCCCUAGUCAAGCACCCAGCAAUCUCAGGUGGGAACAGCAAGGCUCUCAGCUUUCUCUGGGCUGGGAACCAGUCAGACCAUUAGCCAAUGAAUCUGAAGUCAUGGGCUACAAGGUUUUUUAUAGGCAAGAGAGCCACAGCAACAGUCAAGUUAUUGAAACACAGAAACCUCAAGCAGUAGUACCACUGCCGGAUGCCGGAGUCUAUAUUAUUGAAGUUCGAGCAUACAGCGACGGAGGGGAUGGGAUGGCCAGUUCCCAAAUCAGAGUACCAUCCUAUUCAGGUGGGAAAGUCACUAGUGCUCAGUCGACCCUCCACACACUCUCCCCAUCUUCAUCAUCGGUAACAUUGCUUUUGGCAUUGAUGAUUCCCUCAACCUCUUGGUGAAAACUGCAGACUUACCUUGCUUUGCUUUGCUUUAGCUUGAAAAUAGCGGUGAAUAGAGUGUAGUGUAAGUGGAGACCCAAGACACAGAGAUGAGCUUUAAAAACUUGGGACUACACAUGGUGCAGGAGGUUGGGGGGAAUAUUACUUAUCCAUCAGGUUUCUCUUUGGUUGUGUAAAUGAAGAGGACAGUUCUUAGUCCAAUAAAAUAUGCAGAUUGUAUGUAAUGAAUUUCUUGUAAGCAAAGGUAAUUUCUGUCAAAUGUAUUCUUUACCUUUUUUAAUAUGUUGGAAUUUGAUUUUAUAUCUGAUGACCCUGAAUGUGUGCCAUCCAUUUGCUAAGUAAGUAGUCUCUUGCAGAUCUGUU